UAGUUUUUUUUUUCAAUUGACACACUGAUCCUAUAAAAUUUGAUCCGGUAAGCUGAGUGACCCGAGUUCUCUCUCUCGCAAUUGAUUCCUCCAACGCAAGCUUCUUCGAUUUUGCUCUUCAACAAAUUGUGCUUUUGUAAGUGUUCCUCUUGUACCGCGAAUUUAAUCUCAAGGGUAAGGUGGUGUGGAAUCAGCCUUAGGGGAUGGCCAAGUACUUUGACAUUGAUGACAUACUUAUAGAGGAAGAGUUUGUACCGGUUUUAUUCCACAAAACAGCAAACGGAGUGACUAUUGAUCCAAGUGCAGAAACAAAUUGUGCUGAACAAGGCUCUAAAGUUGAACUACCCUUCUGGCUUGCUCAUGAGUUGCACUUGAGACAAGCUGUUACCAUAAACCUUCCUCCCUGCUUCGACCAAAAGACGAGGCUUGAAGUUCAGGCUGAUGCAGCAUACGUCGAUCUUAGAUCUCGCUGUCCUUAUUUUUAUGAAUUCGGAUGCAAGUUAGAGCCACUGGUUACGGAUAGAACACUUGGGAUCUUGCUAUCCACUGCGUUUAAGAUCAGAUACAAAGAGGCACUAACAAAAGUAUACACAGCAGCUCACAUAACAGCUUCCAAGUACCUGUCGUUCUUAACAAAAGAAGAAACAAACUUGUAUGAAGCAGCACAUUUGUCAAUGACAGCCUUCAAGAAGUGGAGAACAGGUGGACCUAGAUUCCAGAGAGCUUCAAUACUCGGAAGAAAACGCAAGGAUUCUGAUUAAGUACCCUAAAACUCUUUAUCCUCAUCCUUACCAAUAGGGUGAUUGUGUUAUGUAAGUUAUAACAUGUCAAAAUGAUGCAACGGCAACACAUUUGAUUAUGGUCUGAAUCAAAUUGCAAAUCCUUUUGUGUUAUGUUCUCUUUAGUAAACUCAUAUCCAAUUGGUGUUUCA